CAACCUGCCAUUUAGAAGUGUGCAGCGGACGACCUGGAAGGGGAAGCGACUGUAGUACCUCCCCUCAUGGUGUGUCGUCAGCAGUUUUAUCUAAGAGCUUGGCAGGAGCUGCACAAGAAAACAGGAGGAAAUCUGAUCCAUAUAUGGUGGCACUAUAAAGCAUGCAGCGGAUUUGCAGCCUUCAUCAAAACCUGGUCAAGACUACAUCACUGCUCAUGACUGGCAUCCUCCACUCACACCUGACAAGUGCACGUUGAACUUUUCACUCCUUCCUCAGCAUCUGCCUGAAUCCAGAGGCGCCUCAACCACAAGAGCUGAUUCUUCUUAGAGAGACAUGAAGUUACUAGGCCAGAUUGCUUUCUUGCUCCUGCUUGGGGGAAUCUGUUGUCAGAACAACCGUAAUGCUAAAUCAGGUGGUAAGUCCACAAAGAAGGCUGGUGGGAGCCAAGGAGGUGAUGUGGGCCAGUCAGCUCCUGUGGUGGAUCUGACUCCCGGAAGCACUGGUGGUACUGGAAGCACAAGAAGCAAUGAGGGCAACGUAGGCACAAGAGGGACUGGAGGAAAUGGAGGUGCUGGAGGCUCUGGAAGCACAAGAGGUACCGGAGGAACUGGAGGUGCUGGAGACAGUGGAAGCACAAGAGGCACCGGAGUAACUGGAGGCAGUGGAAACACAAGAAGCACAGGAGGAACUGGAGGUGCUGGGGGCAGUGGAGGCACACGAGGCACUGGAGGCGCUGGAGGUGCGGGAGGAACUGGAAGCACAAGAGGCUCUGGAGGCUCAGCUGAAGCAGGACGGGAGGGUGCUGCAGGAGCUCGAGCAGCUGGACAGCAGACAGAUGACAUGAGGCUGCACUUCCUCAAGAACAGCCAGGUUACAUGUAAUGAUGGAACAGCAGCUGGGUUUUACCUCAAGGAGUUCAGAGGAAGCCGACGAUGGUUGUUAUUUCUGGAAGGCGGCUGGUGCUGCUACAGCAAAGAGACCUGUGAUUCCAGGUACCAAAAUAUCCCACGACUAAUGAGCUCAUCAGCUUGGCCCCAGACAAAAAGAGGGACUGGAAUCAUGUCCUCUCAAGUGGAGUCAAACCCACACUGGUAUAAUGCAAACAUUGUAUUCAUCCCGUACUGUUCCAGUGAUGUAUGGAGUGGCACUGGACCAGCACCGACCCCUCCUCCACGGGCGCGACAAGGCAAAGAAAAAGAACGAGAGAGGAAUGUAAAUGCAACUGAGUACACCUUCAUGGGAUCCCUGAUCAUCCGCGAGGUCAUCAAAGACCUCAUCCCCAAAGGAAUCAAGCAGGCCAAGGUUGUAAUGCUGUCUGGCACCAGUGCUGGUGGGACAGGUGUUUUGCUGAACAUCGAGAGGGUGGCCAGUCAGCUGGAGCAGCUUGGCGCAGAGGCUCAGGUCCGAGGCCUUGUCGACUCCGGCUGGUUCAUAGAGAGUAAGCAGCAGAGAUCGCCAAACUGUCCAGAGACUGUUUCCUGCUCACCUGAAGAUGCCAUCAAGAUUGGACUCAGGCUGUGGAAUGGGGUUGUACCCGAUAGGUGUCGGCAGCUCUACAAGAGAGGAGAGGAGUGGCAGUGCUUCUUUGGACACAAACUCUUCUCUACUUUGACCUCCCCUCUGUUUGUCGUGCAGUGGCUGUUUGAUGAGGAGCAGCUGAGGGUGGAGAACAUCUACGUCGGAGGACAGAGUCUGUCUGAGGAGCAGUGGCAGUACAUCCAGAACCUGGGCAGGGAGCUCAAAAACUCCCUGAGAGAUGUCACGGCUGUGUUUGCUCCAUCUUGCCUCUCCCACACUGUGUUGACUAAAAGUAACUGGAUGACCUUUCAAGUUAAAGGGACCUCUCUGCCACGGGCCCUGCACUGCUGGGACCGGAGUCUGGAGGCAACACGCAACAACAGGACCCCUUCCAAAGGUUGUCCUUUCCACCUGGUCGACACCUGCCAGUGGCCCCAGUGCAACCCCACCUGCCCAGCCUUGGUGGACCAGGCCACCCAGCAAAAGCUUACAUUGCUCCAGAUGCUUGUAGCCAUGGGCCUUGACCCACAGAGGCUGGGCUUGGAUCCCCAAGGAGAGGAAGAUUCUCUUGUCAGCAUGGUCAGCAAUGGUGGCUAAAGUGGGGAAAAAAAGUGGAAAGCAGAUUUAGAGGAAGCCACGUGCAGGCUUAACCAAGGGGAGAAGAGUGUGUUGAAAUUUUUAUGUAACCAUAGAAAUAGUACGUGAAUCUGGUUACUAUGUCUCGUGCUGCACAGCAUUCCAUUAUGCUCCAUGUGUCUGUUCAAUUGGUGGCUGGUGGGUGUGUCACUGUGUCCAUGUUUCUGAGUGGUUUUGCACUCCCUCUACUGGACACCAGGGGAAAGAGAUUUGGUCCCAGAGUAAAUCUGUUUCAGUUGUACUGGUGGAGGAGGUUUACAUUUUAGUCGGUGGUUGGACAUUCCCCAUCGCCAUCUUUUCAUCAACAUGAAAAUUCAACUUCAGAUCACAGUAGCAGAGUUAUUACUGUUGCUGCUCCUGCAAGAUGCCACAGUUAUAUAUAUAUAUAUAUGAAAAAGAGACACUUGUACACGAUAUAGUACAGCUGUUAGUAUUUAAAAUGGCUUUCAUUGAAUAAUUUAUUCUUUGUACCUGACUGCAGUAUUUUAAUACGAUAACGAAAACACUGCACCAACACUACACAAUAUUAUAGAUUGUGACUGUUAAGUUUUAGACUUUAGCUUCUGAUGCUACUUAUAUAAAGUAUAUAUUUUGCACACACCCAUGCAUGCACGCUCAUCUCUUACACUUGAUACACGUGAUAAGUAUAACUUGCACAGGACAAUAUAUGACAAAUACAUAUAAAAACAAACUGUCGGUUUACCUAUUUUUAUAAAAACCCUGUGGUAAUUCACCACUCAGCUGUUAGGAUUUGUGUCUAUAGUGACACAUGAAGACAUAAUACAGACUAUAUGUAUUACAAUUCUUCUUUAUUAGCAUUUAAUAAUAUUUUAUUGUCAUAUUUUGUCAGGUACAGCUACAAAUGUGUAUCCUUUUAUUUCUUCUAAGUACUGUAAUAACUAUGUCAUAUAAUACAUAUAUAACUAAUAUUGAGUUGGUGCACAUGUUGAAACUUGGGAAAUAAAAAUAUGACUGGUC